ACCGCUCCUCCUUAGCCAUGGUGGUGCUUCCUUCUACUGUUGCUUUCCUACUCCUUUCCUUCUUACAGACUGUAAAAAUCGCUAACUCGCAAUCAUUCAUCGGUAUAAACUAUGGCCAACUUGCGGCCAACCUUCCACCACCACCAUCCACCGCAAAGCUUCUUCAAUCCACAUCAAUCCAAAAGGUUCGAUUAUAUGGAUCGGACCCCGCUAUAAUCAAAGCCUUAGCCAACACCGGAAUUAGAAUUGUUGUCGGCACUGCAAAUGGUGACAUUCAAGGACUGGCCUCUGAUCCCAAUUUUGCCAAGAGCUGGAUCAACACAAACGUGCUUCCCUUCUAUCCAGCUAGCAAUAUCAUCCUCAUCACUGUUGGCAACGAGGUCAUGACUUCCAAUGACCAGAAUCUCAUGAACAAGCUCUUACCAGCAAUGCAAAAUGUACAGAAUGCUCUAAAUGAUGCAUCGCUCGGGGGUAAAAUUAAGGUCUCCACAGUUCAUCCGAUGGGAGUGCUCAAGCAGUCUGAGCCACCUUCUUCUGGAAGCUUUGAUCCAAGUUAUGGGGAUCUGAUGAAGGGCUUGUUGGAGUUUAAUAGUGCGAAUGGUUCGCCUUUCGCAAUCAAUCCCUACCCUUACUUUGCUUACAGAAGCGAUCCAAGGCCUGAGACUCUUGCUUUUUGCCUUUUUCAACCGAAUGCAGGACGAAUGGAUGGAAACACUAAGAUCAAGUACAUGAACAUGUUCGAUGCUCAGGUGGAUGCAGUUUAUUCUGCACUGAAUUCUAUGGGAUUUAAGAAUGUUGAGAUUGUGGUGGCUGAGACUGGAUGGCCAUAUAAAGGAGAUGACAACGAAGUAGGGCCAAGCAUUGAGAAUGCCAAGGCUUACAAUGGCAAUUUGAUUGCACAUCUUCGAUCGAUGGUGGGCACUCCACUCAUGCCAGGAAAAUCAGUGGAUACAUACCUCUUUGCUCUUUAUGACGAAGACUUGAAACCUGGACCUGGUUCUGAGCGAUCAUUUGGACUUUUCAAGACUGAUCUCACCAUGGUUUAUGAUGUUGGACUCUCUACAAGUAGCCAGCCACCAGUAGCAGCACCACAACCGCUGCUGCCGCCACCGCCACCCACCACCACAAUCACCAACAAUAGCAGCAGUACAAGAACGAGCAGUAAUAGGAGCACAAGCAGCAGCAGCAGCAUAAGCACGAGGAGCAAAAGAUGGAGUGUUUUUUGGUUGGUUUUUCUAGAAUUGAAAAUUUUUAGAAUUGGAGUUUCGAGAGAUAUAUUUAAUUAGGAUUUUUAAUUUAGAUUUAUUGUAUGAGUUUAUAGAACUUUCUUUGAUUUGCCUUUUCUUUUAUGACUUGCAAACUUAGAAUAUGAAGUUGUCAAGAGAUGAUGAAAACGAGUUAGGGUUUCUCUCUCUAUUUUAUAAGUUUUUUUGUCGAUUCUAUUUUUUAGGAAUAAAUUGAAAAAAUAAUUGGAAAAUCAGUUCAGAAGA